AUGCGCCACGAGUUUUACAAUCUUUGUCAAGAAUGUUGGCUCUUUGCCUGUACUGAUUCUGAUACUGAUACUGAUACUAGUAACUUUGUAGCCUUUGAACAAUACGAUGCAGAUGCCUUGGCAGCUGAAAUGGAAAUGCUGGAUCCAAGUGUCCUGGGAACCAGCAACAGCUUAUCCUUUGAUUUGGCCCUGGGAAGUUCCCCCCGAAGUACCUUUCAAGAUACAAGCACUCGACUCACACACUGCAGCGUCAGGAUUCAGCAAUCUUGUACACCCCAAGAAAGCAAACCCUUUCAGACAUGGCUAGCCAAUCAUACUGGAAUAGAAGCCAUGGAGGUUUCGGUCUUUGGAGCCGGAAAUCACAAUCAAGCCAUACAGGCACUCGUCACUGGUCUACAAGCUUCCACUUCCUUGCAAUUUGUGGCAUUGCACCUACUCAUUAUACGAGAUGCCUUCCUACAAACAGAUGCGGUUCAAGCCAUACACGAUCUUGUACAAAAUCCAGGAACAUCCAUACGACAUCUCAGCAUUCACUUGUCCACCAGAACCAUGAUCUUUCUGGAAGACCUUCCCACGCACAUUCUAGAAAACAAAGUAUUUGAUGCUCUCGCUCAUACGACGCUAACGACACUAGCAUAUUAUGGAAUACACCCCGUACACCCCAAAGACAAACAAAAGGCAUUUCACGCCAUGUCCACCAACCCAACCCUGAAACGCAUCAAGAUUCAUGAUUUCCAACAAGACUAUGACGGAACUGACGCUCAUUUGUCUCUCUUGGCGGCUGAUAAAAUGAAACAAUGGACGGUUCGGUGGGUCACUCCUGGUCCGCAAGAGCAACGAGGAGACGUUCUGCAAGAAGCACUGGAAUUCCCAUUGCGCUUUGAAACUGUCAAGGUACUCUACCACUUUCUCCGGGCCAAACCAGACGUCAUACAUCUCAUCAUACCAACAACGUCCGUGUAG